AUGCCAUACUUUCAGCUGACACCUCACCAAAAGCGCGGCUGCGUAGUAUUAGACACUCCUCUGUGCGGUUAUAGGCGGCACGAAGACAUCACCUACGACCGGAAGAAUGGACGUCUUUUGAUUGAAGUCGGCAAUGGAUCGCAAAUUUUGCAAUUUAUACCGAAUGUACGCCUGAGGAAAUUGGACGCUGAGAUUCCUUGCAAAACAACGACAUAUGUAGUGGAGUUAUCCCUAGAACAUCAAAGUUACGGCUGUGGCAAUACGUCUGAUGGCUGCAAUCAAACAUCUGCCGUUGUAAAAAGCUCAAACGUACACCUACCUGGUGUAAAGCAGGCUGACACGUCAGACAAGCAGCAUACAAUAUUGCCGGAUACCUCAGUCAGCAGCCGGAUAUCGGAUCAUUCCGGUUGCAUUAUUUCGAGCGGUGAUAGUUUUUGUGGCCUGAAAGACGACUGCAGACCAUCCACCUGGGUCGCGAACUUUCUGGGAGGAACGUUCGAGUGUAAGUCUUUCACGUGUCCCAUCGUUGGCCAUUCGGAGGGCCCAUACGAACAAUCAUUUACGGUUUCUAUACGUGAUCUACACAUAUCACGGCACUACCUACAAGACAUUUCGGUUCAAACCCGCGACGGGCUGUAUACCCUAAUCUGGAGCAUAGUUGUGUACACUCCAAACAUUCCCUAUUUGGAUCUGCGUAUAGCCACUUUGCGUGAAACUGCUUGCGAUUUUGACAUCAUAAAGCACCGGCGGCUGGUGGUGCGUUGCAAAAGGUGCCAGCACAUAUUGGAGAGCGUGGAGGACGCAACGAUUCUGCCGCUGCCAACAGAAUUUUUCAGCAGCGUCACGGGGUCCACAUUUUGUGAGGAGUGUGAGCCGCAAUUAUCGUCUCGGGUUCCAUCGCUGGUAAAAGUGGGCCACAUCAUAUAUCAGGGAGAGGAGGUAAUAACCCUCUACAGGCCCUCAGCACACGCAAUUAAGGAAGUAGUGGCGCUAUGUGCACAGUGCGGUUAUAGGGUUGGCGCAUACUCGGACUGUGAUCACCAAUUCGUCAGCUACAGUAAGCGCUCCAUAAGUGCAUUUGUUGACGACAAACCGGAGGAUAUCUUCUGGCGUCACACUCCGGAGCGUGAAGCCGUAGAAACGUUGCAAUACCACAGCGGGGUUAAGUUAUUCAUAUUCGGCGCAGUUGAGGUUCCCGAACAACUUUCUGUGGGAUCUACCGGGCCAGGUGUCGAAGAAGAGCAUACAGCCGGCAACUGUUGCAUUGAGCUCAUCAAAGUCACAUCGCAGCCCGACGCCUUCGUAGCCACUAGUGAUACAGUCAUAGAGGCUUCGCGUGUGUUGUGGCGCCUUGUGGAGGUCCCUGAAGGCGUGUCACUCGUCAGAUGGUCGUCAGAGUUGUAUGACCACCUACUAGAUGUGUUGAGGUACUUCUCACAGUCAACGGACCCUGCCACGGGUUUCACCCCGUCAUUACUAGUUGGCAUCUAA